UCGUGAUGUCUGGCAGCACGUUGGUGGAGAAGCCAACGAUUUUUGAAAGGGACACACUCGAGUACGACAACGACAAAAAUUUCGUCGGUGCGGGAGAGUUUGGAGAGGUGUUCCGUGCCACACUGCGACAAACGGGCGAUGUGGUCGCCGUGAAAGUCCUCAACACACCUCAGCGCCUCAAACAGAUUGAGUUGGAUGCUCUCAUGAAAGAGGCGAGUAUUCUUCAGAGACUGCGGGGACACGUCAAUGUCGUGCAACUGAAGGGCAUCUGUGUCAACCCGCGCCAUUAUGCUCUCGUACUGGAAUAUGUUGAUAACGGAAAUCUAGAAGACUUGCUGCUGCAUGAACGAGAGAAGCAGCCGAUUGUGGAGCAGUGGAACUGUCGUUGUAGCAUGGGGUUGGAUGUGGCCAGGGGAAUGUUGUAUAUUCACAAUCAGAAGGAUCCGAUCACUCAUAGAGACUUGAAGAGCUCUAAUGUGCUCGUGACGCAAAAUUAUCGCUGCAAGAUUUCUGAUUUUGGGCUGGCCAAAAUGCGUGGCAUUUCAUCUCAGACUACCAGGAGAUCUCGCCGAGGUCGUCAAAAUCCAUCAGGAACAUUGUCAUUUAUUGCUCCGGAACGAUUCACUGGUGAAACAGAUCCUACCAAAGGACAGAAAAUUGAUGUUUAUGGAUUUGCGAUUGUGUUGUGGCAGUUGAAAGAAAUGGCAAGGCCAUAUGCAUCUGAGAAUUCUGCUUCUACUAUUCGUGAGAACGUAAUUGGUGGUGUACGGCCAAAGAUAAGUGAAGAUCACAGCUGUCCACCGGGGUUAGUACAGCUCAUCAAAGUUUGCUGGAGUACAAGACCUGAUGCCAGACCAGACUUCAUGGACAUUAAGAACCAACUUGUUGAAGUCGUACGUUCUUUUGAGUCUGACACUGCCACCGGUUCAGAGCCCAUGAAUGCAAAUAACGCAUUUCAUGCGUACUCAUCCAGAGGCGGUCCAGUUGCUACUCCUGUUGACACCAUCAACGCAGAAUCAUUACAAGGCUUUGGAUCUGGAAUCGGUUUUCCACUCCAGCAGGACCCUCGACUGCCACAGCCUUCAACUUUUUCAUUGUCAGGAGUUGUUGGCAUGAUGGAGUAUCAACAUCAAUCCAUUGAGACCGGUAGUAUGCCUCCCACGAUGUCUCACAUCAAUCAACCGGUUAAAUCACAGUAUUUGACUACCGGUUCAACACACGGUUUACAGCAAGCACACUUGACAUCGGGAUCAUUUGAUCAUCAAUCACGUAUAAUGCCAGCUGGACAGUUGGUGUCUGCACCAGAUCAGACGUCAACCCCUUCUAGUACUUUCAGAUUGCCUCACAGUCAAAUGAUGAGAGACGCAGUUGCAGAAGAAGUACCAUUACCUGGUGUAGCACCUCCGGUUGUCCCAGAUGUCUCAGAUCACUUUUGGUCAUUGAAAUAUAACUGGCAGCUACUGCUUGAUAACUUGGUCGUAGAUUAUGUCAUCGAUCAGAUGUUCAGUCAAAUCAGCAUGUUUUCAAUGGAUGACAUGGAGAAAAUAACGUCUCCUCGCACUCGAUUAGAGAAAGCGAAACAGCUUCUGUACUGGCUUAUGGGUCAUAGUGCAAACGAGUACCAUGUUUUUCUGGAUGCACUCAAGGAGUCACAACGUCAUCUCUACGCUAGAUUGAUUCUUCCCGUUCCAGAAGGGUACAAAAUGAGUCAGCCUGUUGGAUCGGACAGUCGCGUUGUCUACCAACCUCCUCAUGCAUCGCAGUUGCCUCACCAGGAAGCAGGAGCAGCUGGAUACAGACAGUCUGUACGACCACCGACUACGUCUGAAGCACAACUUGUACGGCCACCACCUGUGAUGCCCACAGUACAGCCACAAAUGCAGCAAAUGCCACCUACAAGACAGCCACAAAUGCACCAGCCUGUUGGUCUUCUCAAUGCACAGCAAAUGCCACCUACAGGACAGUCACAAAGGCAGCAGCCUGUUCGUCUCGCCAAUGCACAACAAAUGUCACCGUCGCAUCACAGUGGGCAGCAGCCAGCAGCUUUUACGGCCGGGGUGGGAAAUGAAGGAGGCAGUCAAGUGGUUCAAGGAGCUUCUGGUUUUAGAGGUUCGGCUCGACAAGCUGUUCCUGUGAUGCGACGUCAUUCAAUAGAGGAAUGUAUUCAGGCACUUGGCGAGAAUGAAGAACUAAACGAGUUCAACAGUCGUGACCUUUUCGUGAUGUUGUCUGCAAAUUUGGGUCAUGAGUGGAAGCCGUUUGCACGAUAUUUGGGUUUGAGAUCAGCUGCUAUUGAAAACAUUGAGGCAGACAAUCUAAGUCAAAGGGAACGAAGUUAUCAGGUUCUUAUCCAGUGGACAAGGCAAGGAACAGCUAGUAGGACAGCAUUGUAUAAUGCAAUUAUGUCUGCUGAUCCUAGUGGGGCACUCAUGGAACUGUUGAUUGUUGGUUAGUUGUAAGGUUGUACACUUUAUAUGUCUUUUUGAAAUCAUUUGUUUGUUUGUGCUUUUUGUUUAUAUCAGUUAGACUGCAUUUGCUAGCAAUGUGUCGUAUUUCUUAUGAAUUGGGAUGAUGGAGAUUUUAGUGGAUGUUGAAACAUUAUUUGUCUUUCGGAACUUUUGCAUGGAUAGUCUAGGGCUUACCAUUGAAGGUUGUGUAGAGAUGGGGCGAUUUCUUGUUUUAUUGUUUUGUCUAGUGGGCGUCGUUUGUAGAUUUUAUUGGUUUGGCUGUAGAGUCAGCUUUGCAGUACGUUGAUAUAUCACUGCUGAGUGUGUGUAACAAUGUGCUUUGCAACGA